GGACCCAAAUACUGAAACUGAAUUAUUUAACUUGGUUACAAUGUUUCAGAUUUAUCACUGUGAUCAAAGAACAAAACCUGAAGACAGAAUGUUUGUUCAAUAUCACCCAGAGACUUUGUUGUUCUGGUUAAUUUUCAGUAUGUCACUUCUACUAGAUUUGUCAAAUAAACAUGUGAUGUCCAGAAGGUUAGAUGCUAUGGAACUUGUAGUUCUUUUGUUACAAUAUCCUAUAACUAGAUGUUCUAUUUCUGUUCAGUAUUUUCCUUCUGCUCUUUCUGAAUACAGAACAAG